GUCUUACGUAGUUACGCACUGUCUGUUUGGAAAGUUGGCGCGAGCUGUUUCUCCGAGUGGUGAGGCAUCGGCUAAAAUUCGAUUAUUUCAACCAAAACUUAGAAGAGUCAAAGGUCAGACAGACGGUUUGUUAGGGAGGAGAUGGAGCGACAGAGCGACCGGUCGUACGCGGGCCCGCUCUCCCUGGACGCCCUGAGGAUCCUGGCUGCUCUGCGGGCCCAGAGUCUGGAUGCAGCCAGAUGUCAUCAGCGUUCAACUAGUGAUCAAACGGAGAGGAGGGCUCUGAGCAGCUGCAGGGAUCCAGAAAGGACGAAUAGUUACACGUGCUGGCCCCAGGUGUCACUUUCCACCUCUGACCAGCAGCAGCGUCUCUCUCAGGCCUCAGCCUCCCGACUCUACUCACAGACACCUGACAGCUCCCUGCCCCCCUCCUGCUGGGAUUCCUCCCUCCAAAGGAACACCCCUCAGGUGGAAGCCUGUUAUCAGUAUUCCCAGACAUUUUCCCUCAGAAUGUGCUCGGAGCCUCCUGCUCACCUGUCCAGCCAGACCCUGUCCUUCUCUCUGCGUCAGGUUUCUGAGACAGAAGCACCCCACUCCUUCCAAACGCUCAACGGGCUUUCUGCUCAUCGAGCGGCAGCAUGUAGCAUUUCUGCACAAAGAUCAAGGUCAGAUGAAGAGAGCACCAAUGAGAUGCUUGAACUUGCAACUGAACAGCCAUAUUUUCAUUCUGUCACUCAUCACACACCUUCACCCCGCUCUGAAAUAUGUGAAGAGAACAUGUCAAGUGCACCAAACAAAGACAAAACGAUCUGGAAUCCUGUCAGAAACAAACCAGAAGACCCCACAGCUUCAGGAAGUCUGAUAAAGUCCCUCUUUGAAGACAGUGAUAUAGAAGACGGAGACCAUCUGUCUCCCAGUGUUUUUGUAAUAAAGGACAUUGGUCAGACUUUGGCUGGAGUACCAGAGAAGGACCGGUCAGAGGGACCACUGGUUCAGCCUGAAGCCACACCGUUCACCCUGAAGGACAUUAGGGCUCCUAACCUGGAAGCAGCAGAAGUCAUGAACAUCACAGUAGAGAAAAAAAUGGAGCAUCAGAUAAAUACGGAGCAGAUCAAGCAGAGACAACACAAGGCAAACAUUGGUGAAAGCACCGAGUUACAAACAAAGGGAGGAGGCAGAGCGGAGCUGGAAGAGUCGUGUUUGGGAGGAGAGGAAAACCUUAAAAGUGCAGACUCAGGUGGACAGUGGUGUUCUGGGCCGAGCUUGUCCGAGGAGUGUGGAUCGAAACGGCCGAGGUUCAAACCUAGUCUUCGUGGCAACCAGCUCCACGACAACGAUGUACAAAGCCCUGACGAAAACAGCAGAGGGAUUAAAUCCAGCAUAGCUCUCAUCCCAGCAAGCAAAACAGCUACUGGACAAAGCGUCACCUCACCCCUGAACCUGACUUCAACUGUUGCAACGCAAAAAAACAUGGAAGCCAAACACUCCCAAUAUUCUCCCCUCUUUCCAUCCUUCCCCCGAAAGAGAAAGCAUGACUUAUUACAGAAGCAAAAUGCCAACAGUCCUCCUAAAAUCUACUGCACUAGACGUCCUCGAGCAUGGGAACCUCCUGGAUCCUCACAAAAGGAGGCAGCAGCAGGAGGAGGCAGACUGAAACCCUCCUGUAAAAUCUCAGCCAGUCUCCAUGAGGGGGUCAACACGAAUGCGCCACAAUCUAAAGCUGGCUCCCUCUCUACAACCCUGACCUCUGACCCAAGAGUGAAGGAUUCUGGGAAGCUAACCAUCGAAGAGAAGCUGCAGAUGCUUGAGGAGAUCUCACGGGCAGAGGUGGUGUUACUAACCAUGGUGUUCCAGGACGGAUCCACUCAGUUGGACCCAGAGCAGAAGCGCCCUCCUCCAGUCUGUGGACUCCUCGUUCUGAUGAAGAAUGAUUGCAACAGCAGCUCACCUGAUGGCUCACUCAGCCCAAACAACAGUCUGGUCUUCUUGAAACUUGAGCACACCCCUCUAUGGGCUCAACGACAAACCCACUACACCCAGGAGCUCUUUACCAGAGACACGCUCCUACAGGUUCUAUCCAGAUCCCAGCUGGUGGUUUGUUAUAAAGCCAAGGAUAUGCUUUGUACGGCUCUGCAGCAUUACAAAGAAGACCUCAGCUGGAAACGAGUGGCAGGAUGUCGGAUCCAGGACCCACAGGUGUCUGGGUGGCUGCUGGAUCCCACAGAUCCGUCCUCCUGUUACAACAAUCUUCUUUACAAACACUGUCAGAAAACGCACGCAGCAUCUGUCCCGGGUCCCCAGAAGGUUUCUACGAUCAUCUCAAGCCUCUGCUGGCUCUACAAGCUUAAUAUGACCUUAUGCUGUAAGCUACAGAGCCAAGGUUUGUGGGCACUGUACUCAGAAAUGGAGCUGAAAAUGAUCCCUGUUCUGGCAGUCAUGGAGAGCCAUCACAUCCACGUGGAUAAAGAAGCCCUGAAGAAAACAUCCGACUUGCUCGGGACUAAAAUGAAACAGCUGGAGCAAGAGGCACACAGAGCAGCGGGACAAAUAUUCCUGUUGACCAGCAGCACUCAGCUACGAACAGUUCUGUUCGAGAAGCUGCACCUCCAUGAGCGCUGUGAGAACAAGAAGCUGCCCAAGACCCUCAACAAACAACAGUCAACAUCAGAAGCUGCUCUGCUGCAGCUUCAGGAGCUACACCCUCUGCCAAAGAUCAUUCUGGAGUACAGACAGAUCCACAAAAUCAAGUCUACUUUUAUAGAUGGGAUUCUCUCCUGCAUAAAGAACAAGAACUACAUUUCCUCUGCCUGGUACCAGACGAGUGCUGUCACUGGGAGAAUCUCGGCUAAAAACCCAAACUUCCAAGCUCUGCCAAGGCAGCCACUUCAAAUCAGCGAGAUGCAGUACAUCCAAGGGAAGGAGAAGGAGGUUGUGACUGUUCAUCCUCGAGCCACGUUUGUCCCACAAGAAGGAUGGACUUUUCUUGCAGCAGAUUUCUGCCAGGUGGAGCUGCGUCUGCUGGCUCACUUCUCCUCUGACUCUGAGCUGCUUCGCAUCUUUACCAACCCACAGGCUGACGUCUUCACCAUUCUGGCAUCUCAGUGGAAAGGGAAGAGCAUUGGUGAUGUUUCUUCUGAAGACAGGGAACACGCCAAACGCAUCGUGUACUCUGUGGUUUAUGGAGCAGGUCGUGAGCGACUGUCUGGGAUCCUGGGGGUGAGCGCAGAGCAGGCGAGCCGAUUCCAGGACAGUUUUCUCCAAACCUACAGAGGUGUCCAGGCGUUCAUCCAGAGGACCAUCCAGCAGAGCCACAAGCAGGGUUAUGUGGUCUCCAUUAUGGGUCGUCGCCGGAACCUCCCCAACAUCCACUCACCGGACUGGGCCGUCCGCAUGCAGGCAGAGAGGCAGGCUGUCAACUUCGUCGUUCAAGGUUCUGCUGCUGAUCUCUGUAAGAUGGCCAUGAUCAUGAUCUUUGACAUGGUCUCCUCCUCUGACAUGUUCUCUGCCAGGCUCCUAGCACAACUUCAUGAUGAGCUUUUGUAUGAAGUGGAAGAUUCCCAAGUGGAGACAUUUGCAGCUCUGGUGAGAAGCACCAUGGAGUCUCUUCAACACAUCCACCAUGCGGGUGUCCAUCUGAAAGUUCCCCUGAAGGUGGCAGUCUCCUGUGGAAAGACCUGGGGAUCCAUGUCUGAGUUUCACACCCCUCCUCUGCCUCCUUCCUCCUCUUGAGACCAUCGUCCACCCUGCUCGCCCCUCCCUCCACCAUUACCUCAUUUUUCACAGUCAUAUUUUUCCUCCCUCGUCAUUUUUCUUCCUACAUUCACAUCCUCUCCCUCGUCUCUCGCUCUCUCAUCCUAUUUCUCCCCCUCAUAGUCAAUGCAUCUUCUCUCCUCACUUGUCCUGCAUCCACAUCACUAUGGAAACCAGCUGCAGCUCCCACUUCUUGCUUUCACUCCAUCUGUAUCCGGGGGCAACCUCAGGAGCCACAAACUGGAUUGGACCAGUUUAUUUUUCUCUCUUUCAUUUACUUUCUCCAUCCUAAAAAAAUGUGCCUUGUUCUCCCCCUCUUCUAUGUUCACACUAUCUCACUAGGGCCAAAAAUGUUUUUUCUGCCUCGUUGCCAAGGUGAAGAGAGAACCUGGUUUUCAUUGGUUCAUAAAAUGAGUUGUUGAGUAUUAGCUGAGCCUUGAAAAAACUGCUUUUGUUUUUUUUAUUUCAUGCUGAAUAAAACUUGUUGGUAUUCUG